AUGUUGCUCUUCUUACAUCAUGACCCGGCUCCAUUAAACAUUCUCAGCGCUCUUUGUAUCCUGAGUACAUGGCCUCCAUACUCCUCUGAUGCGAUAGUACUCGACAACCCAUGGCAGUGGAUUGGCAUGGCCAUUCGACUUGCUAUUCAGUUGCAUUUACAUGAGAAUGAGACAUACAGCCGGUUAGAGCAACCUGGAAGAGCACGAAGAAUCUGGUGGUAUUUGUUUAUCAACGAUACUAUGCAGACGGCUUGCUGUGGACGUCCUGGGAUGUUUCCUCUAGAUACUUCGGUACCGCUACCUGUGCCGGCGGACUUCAAAAAUCCUGAUCUCGGAUCGCACGUAUUUUGUCACUUUGCGGAUCUCUGCAAAAAGCUUAGAAGGGUCCUAGACCUAGCCAGAACUGAUAAUACCCCUUCAGAGCAGGUAUAUCUAAAUCUGAAAGAACUGAGGAUAUGGAGAGAACAGUUACCUCUCGACUUGCAACUGUUCGACGUGGGAACUAGGCAACCUUACAAUCGCGCCAUUGCUGAGCUGUAUAUCUUUUACCUGGUCACCGUUAUCAUAACGUGCUUCCUGAGCCGCCGUGAUAACCCGUCAUUGUUCAAAUACGCUUCAUUGGUUGCUUCAUCCUGCGCUUCCCGACUGUACGAAGAGAUACUCUAUCAUGAAGAUGUCCAAUAUCUACUACCGAUUCAUGCUUGGGCUAUUCUCGUCGCAGGAAUCCCACGAGCUUUCAGCGACAGUGAUGCAUUGAACCCGGAGCGAGCCGACGAGCUCAGAAUCAGCAAGUUGGUCCUGGAGACUUUGAGUGAGAAGCAUUCUUCCGCCAUAGUGGUGCUCAGCAAAAUCAACAGUCUCGGUAAUCUCCGCGCAGACGCAUUUCCUGCUCACGCUGAGCCUGUGUGGGAGAAUUCCCAUGUAUCGACUUCUGAUGAACAAGUGGAGAUAGCUCUGCUCUUCCCUUUUCCUUCGAGCUUUUGCCCGAUGCUUGAGCUGCUGAAGGCUACGGAUCAUAAUGAAAACUCAUCAUUUGCUACGCUUCCUACCUUGUCUAUGGACGGCAAUGAUUGGCCUGUCGACUGGUCCUUCUUUCUGUUUGAUGAUUCCAUAAGCCUUUGA